AUGGCUCUCCCCCUGAGAUUCAUCCCCCAGACAAUAUUACCAUACAAACCCAAGUGCCUUACUAGUUAUUACAAACAAAUUACUCAGGCACACACACUAGCGGAUGUUGCCGAAGUCCAAGAGCACAAGCGCUUGGGACUCCUAGCCAAGCUGAGUGGUUGGGCCUGGAAACCGCCAGCGGUGGGCAGAUACGUUACGACGUCAAUUCCUGAGCAGCUACGGCUGAUCCCUGUAUCACAAAAGCCUGAACGGCCCACACCCAUCUGCAGACAGCCCCCACACAGCAAGCCCCCAGGCUCACAACUCCUGGCUGUCAUGACUGAGAUCCCGUCCCCAUGCGGGCUCGGAGACGCUGCCAAGACAGCAGAAAAUCCUACCCGUCUGAAGCGGUCUAAAUAA